AUGACCACUUGGCCCUGGCGGACCUUUAUCCGGUCCGAACCAACUCCGCCUCGACUGACAACCUCAACCAAACAACGGUUUCUCCUCCAUCACGCACACUCCCCUUAUUCGGCCCGGCUAGGCUUAAUCUCACCCGCUAAUACUAAUCCAGUUGUUCAAGGUGAGCCAGCCAGUCUAACUACACUCUACAUCAACGCCAGGCAGUUUAACUCUCCUCGCCGCGUUAACCACGUGAGUGUAACCAACGGCCACCAGCUUGGCAAAAUUAAACCUGCCGACGCGGUCGCCGGCAACAAUGGCGCAGGGGAGAUAAAGAAGAAGCUCGCGACACCAGAAACCCCAAGUGGCUCAAGGGCAAGCCCUAUAACCCCAAGCUUCUCCGCAAGGAAGCCAGCCCCGGCGGCUAAACUUCUCCCUAACUUGACCCCGACCAAAGGCAAGCAAAAAGCGCAAGACGUUUUGGACGACGAAGAAGAGGCCAUGUUUGACAAAGAAGAAGCUGAUGCGAGCGAGCCGGAACCCGAACCCGCUCCUGCUGCGCCUGAGCCAACUUAUUUGCACGACGUGACCUAUCAUUCCACGUCGUUCAUCUUCUUGGGGCUCCAACAGGAUCAUACCUCUUAA